GUUUCGAUAUGGUUCGCACCAUUUUCUCUUUGUUAUCGAUCUCACCCAACCGUACAUGAUGCUGUGUGCCUGAUUUCUUUAUCAUGUUGUCAAUACAUAUACUUAGAUGAUGUCUGAUGGUGGUCAGAUAUUUCAACCAACUGCUGCUGCGCGGUCGGAUCUUCCUCCGGUUUCGCCAACGGGCACUUCCGAUGGUAUAGAUGUCAUGAGUCGCUUUCCAAAUUUACCGAAGAUGGCGGAAGCAGUGGGCAACGUAGAUGUGGCGGCGAAAGUUGAGUCGCUUAAGAAGUGGACGAUUGGUACUUUCAAAAACUCCAGGCAGCAGCUUUUAGAGCAUAUGGGCAAGAUAGACAAGACAGUAGACGCAGAUUUCGAGAAAGAAUGUGAAAAUCUCAAAGAACUACAUAAAAGGUAUGGUAGCGUAGUUGCGGCUUCUCGAACGUUCACCAAUGUGCUUACACAACUUUCUCAGGCGGAGAGAAAUUUAGCUGAAUCACUGCAGUUGUUAUCGGACAAGGAAAGUGCUGUCAAGACGCAAGUUGCCACAACAUCUGACUCCAUGCGACGUUGUUCUGAACAUGCAACUGCGUUGGAAAACUGCCUCCGUUAUUUCCUUUCGUCUAUAGAAACACUCCACGGAAAAACCAUAGUGGAUACAUUGGAGACCAUCUAUGUUACUGAAGCGGCGCGUAUCGAAUUUGACGUUUGCCGUCAUGAAUUAGCUGCUCUACAAGCUCAACCAACUGCGAGCCCUACCGCAAUUCAGCAAGCUUCAGAUCGGGCUAGCCAGCAACGCGAUAAGUAUGAACGAUUGAAGGAAGAUGUUCGAGUGAAACUUCGUCUACUCGAAGAAAACCGAGUUCAGGAAAUGCUGAAUUAUUAG